AUGAACCACGACGAGGAGUCAGAAUGGGAUCAACUCACAAAUCCCAAAUGGAAAGGACUUGGGCUUAACGAUCCUGUAAAAACAGUCGAGGACAAAUGGCUUCUGCUACCAGCCUUCCUCAAGGUUAAAGGUCUCGUAAAACAGCACAUUGACUCGUUCAACUACUUUGUCGAUGUCGAUAUCAAGAACAUCGUAAAGGCCAAUAACAAGGUCACCUCCGAUGUAGACCCUCGGUUCUGGUUGAAGUACACCGACAUCAACGUCGGUUUUCCCGACCGUAACGAGAUGGAGGCUAUCGACAAACGAGUAACGCCUCACGAAUGCCGACUACGAGAUACCACCUACAGCGCACCCAUCAUUGUCACUAUUCAGUACACCCGAGGCAAGAGUAUCGUUCAGCGCAAUGUCAAUAUUGGCCGCCUUCCAAUCAUGCUUCGAAGCAACAAAUGCGUGUUGACGGGGAAGACUGAAGCUCAGUUGGCCAGAAUGACGGAAUGUCCGCUGGAUCCUGGAGGAUACUUUGUGGUCAAGGGGACAGAAAAAGUCAUUCUGGUCCAGGAGCAGCUGAGCAAGAACCGUAUCAUUGUCGAGACGGACAAUGUAAAGGGGAUUGUCCAGGCUUCGUGUACAUCCUCAACACAUGGUGGUUUAAAAUCCAAAACCUACGUGAUCACCAAGAAGGGUCGGAUAUACCUUCGCCACAAUUCUAUCCACGAAGACGUGCCGAUCGUCAUUGCUCUCAAGGCUCUUGGGAUCCAGUCCGACAAGGAGAUCCUUUUACUCACUGCGGGCAACACCGAGGAGUACAAGACUAUCUUCUCCGCCAACAUCGAAGAUGCAGCCAAACUUGGAAUCUUUACCCGACAUCAAGCUCUGGAAUACAUCGGUGCCAGAGUCAAGGUCAACCGAAAGGUCAUGGGUCCUCGGAGGCCAGCUUGGGAAGAAGCUCUGGAGGCGCUGGCCACCAUUGUCCUUGCUCACGUACCAGUUCAAGGGCUGGACUUCCGUGCGAAGGCCAUCUUUGUCGCGACCAUGACUCGCCGUGUUCUUAUGGCUAUGGACGACGAAAGCAUGGUGGACGAUCGAGACUACGUUGGAAACAAGCGUCUAGAACUUGCUGGUCAACUGCUAGCCCUGCUGUUCGAAGAUCUGUUCAAAACCUACAACUCAAACCUCAAGAGUGCCAUCGACAAGGUUCUGAAAAAGCCCUCACGGACAAGCGAGUUUGACGCGUUCAACACAAUGCAGAUGCAAGGAGAUCACCUUACCUCCGGAUUCGUUCGAGCCAUCUCCACCGGGAAUUGGUCACUAAAGCGAUUCAAGAUGGAGCGUGCAGGUGUAACCCAUGUGCUCAGCCGCCUAAGCUUUAUCUCCGCACUCGGCAUGAUGACCCGUAUAUCCUCUCAAUUCGAGAAGACUCGAAAGGUCAGUGGACCUCGAGCGCUUCAGCCCAGUCAGUGGGGUGUUCUGUGUCCAAGUGAUACGCCCGAAGGAGAAGCUUGCGGUCUCGUGAAGAACCUCGCACUCAUGACCCACAUCACCACCGACGUGGAGGAAGGUCCAAUUAUACGACUGGCCUUUAUGCUCGGUGUGGAAGAUAUCAGCCUUACGACUGGCACGGAGAUAUACGGUCCCAACUCUUACGUUGUUUACAUUAACGGAACGAUCAUUGGUGUAACUCGAACGCCUACGAAAUUCGUGUCCCAAUUCCGGAAGCUUCGAAGGGCUCGACGAUUCAGUGAAUUCGUCAGCGUGUACAUCAAUCACCACCACCGAGCGGUCCACAUUGCUAGCGAUGGUGGCCGCAUCUGCCGGCCUAUGAUCAUUGUCGAAAAGGGUCGCUCAAGAGUGACUUCUGACCACAUAGUUCAACUGAAAAAAGGCAAUGUUACGUUUGAUGAUUUCCUACGGAAGGGUCUCGUCGAGUACCUUGACGUCAACGAAGAAAACGACACCUUCAUCGCGCUGCACGAGCACGACAUCGUUCCAACAACAACCCAUCUGGAGAUCGAGCCCUUUACGAUCCUGGGUGCCGUCGCAGGCCUCAUUCCCUACCCUCAUCACAACCAAUCCCCGCGAAACACGUACCAGUGUGCCAUGGGUAAACAAGCCAUCGGCGCGAUCGCCUACAACCAAAUGAACCGGAUUGAUACCCUCCUUUAUCUCUCCGUAUACCCGCAGCAACCCAUGGUGAAGACCAGAACAAUCGAACUUAUCGGCUACGAUCGCCUACCGGCUGGACAAAACGCGACGGUGGCCAUUAUGAGUUAUUCUGGUUACGAUAUUGAGGAUGCUUUGAUCCUAAACAAAGCCAGCUUGGACCGAGGCUACGGCCGUUGUCAAGUCCUAAGAAAGAACGCAACCCUGCUCCGCAAAUAUCCCAACGGAACAUUCGACCGAUUGGCCGAUGCACCAUUGGACGAAAACGGUCAGAUCCAGAGGCGAUACGAUAUAGUUCAAGCAGAUGGUCUUCCUGGUGUUGGCGAGCGCGUCGAUCCUGGCGACAUUUAUGUCAAUAAACAGUCGCCUACAAACGCAACCGACAACACAUUCACUGGCCAAGCAGCGUCGGUCCCGUACAAAAACGCGCCGCUGAGUUACAAGUCGCCAGUUUGCGGCAUGAUAGACAAGGUCAUGAUUAGUGACACCGACAACGACCAGACCCUGAUCAAAGUCCUUAUCCGUCAAACACGGAGGCCUGAGCUGGGAGACAAGUUUUCAUCCCGACACGGUCAGAAGGGUGUCUGUGGCUUGAUUGUUAACCAGGAAGACUUGCCUUUCAAUGAGGAUGGAAUUGUCCCCGACACUAUCAUGAACCCACACGGUUUCCCGUCGCGAAUGACGGUCGGGAAAAUGAUUGAAUUAUUGGCGGGCAAGGCUGGUGUUCUGACUGGUAAACUGCAGUAUGGGACCGCUUUUGGUGGAUCAAAAGUGGAGGAUAUGAGCCGAAUCUUGAUCGAGCACGGGUUCAGCUACGGAGGCAAGGAUAUGCUUACCAGCGGCAUUACUGGGGAACCUCUCGAAGCCUACGUUUACUUCGGACCAAUCUAUUACCAAAAAGCCAUUCUGACAGUUUAUUUCCAGAAACUGAAACACAUGGUUAUGGACAAGAUGCACGCCCGUGCCCGGGGUCCACGUGCAACGCUUACCCGUCAGCCGACCGAAGGUCGUUCCCGGGAAGGUGGUCUGCGUCUGGGAGAAAUGGAACGAGAUUGUUUGAUUGGUUACGGCGCUACUCAGCUGCUUCUUGAGCGUCUCAUGAUCUCCUCGGACAAAUUCGAGGUGGGCGCUUGUCAGGAGUGUGGUCUCAUGGGCUACAACGGCUGGUGCACGUACUGCAAGAGCUCCAAAAAGAUGGCGACCCUGACGAUUCCAUACGCCGCAAAACUGCUUUUCCAAGAGUUGAUGGCGAUGAAUGUCGUCCCCCGCCUUGUGCUCGAUGAUGCCUGAAACAUCUCAUCCUUUCUUGUGAUCACGGGCUUCAGCAACACCUUGGGACUAUUUCAUUCAGCUUUCCUCUUUCUAUUGCAUCCCCGUUUUUUUGUUGUCACAUUUUGUAUCAAUAGAAUUUAUUUAACG